AUGUAUUUCUAUAAAAAUAUACUUGUGUCGUGGCGCGCCGGUUUCAUACAUUUAAUAUGGGUUAGAGAGAGAGAGACGUUCUACCGUCGACACAACACGUGAAUAUGUUUCUAAUCAUAGUAAAUGUAUGAAAUCGAUGUACUUCUGGCGCGCUACGAGCCACACGACACAUUAAUAUGCACAGGGCUUUAAAGUGCUUACUUUGGGACUAGGCUAAUUGAUGUGUGUUAUAAAUAUUAUUAUUAUUAAUUUAUUAAUAUUUUUAUGUGGAUAUGAAAGUUAGUUAUUAUCUAUUAUAAUUUAGUGUUCAAAACACUGAAUAGAAUAUUUCGCUCAGUCUAACUAAACAUGUAUUUUAGAAAAUGAAAAGAGGACUGUAUGAACUAAGUUUUCUUUGCCUUCGCUAAGCAUAAAAGUUAAAAUAACAAAUCAAAAUAAUGUCAAUUUUUACUAUCAAUCAAACAAAAUAAAAUUUAAAUUUCAUUUCUAAAUAACCGCAAUAUAACAAUAAAUAAGAUACCUUUCACAGUGAAUACUGACACGAAAAGUUAUGAUUAAUUUUAAAGUAUUCAUAAAAUAACCAUAUGUAUUUAAUAAUUUUAACUUCGAAGGUUAUUUUCUUCGUAAUUCACAAUGGAAAAGGCUUUAUGCAGGGUUUGUUUGAGCAAAACUGCUAUCAAAUCUUUAUUCGACGCUGUAGAUGAAAUACAAUAUUGUGCUAAACUUAAAAAGUGCGUAAAAAUUGAAAUACACGAAAAUGACGGUUUACCAGAUUGCAUUUGUGAAUGUUGUGUUAACGAAUUAAACUUAGCCUAUGAUUUUGUAACAAGAUGUGAGAUUUCUGAUAAAACACUCAGAUAUCUUAAGUAUCAAGAUUCCAAAGAAGAUGGUUCUAAAGAUCAAUGUAUAGGAGAAAACCAAUGUCAGGAAUCAGAAAUUGUUUUCGAUUUAGAAAUUAAGGAAGAACUAGACGUUAAGUGCGAUGAGUUGUUACAAAACUAUGAUACUGACAUUUUGUAUGCAGACAUUUCAAAAUUAGGUUAUAGUGAUGAAGACACAUCUAUUACCAAAGGUGAUAAAAAAAGUAUGAGAAAGCCUAAGAGGAACCAGAAAAAUGACAAAAGAACUAAAACUGGUCCAUUGAGGUGUGAACUUUGUGGACAGCUUACCAUGAGUCAAUCUGCUUUGGAAACACACAUGAGGACACACACUGGAGAAAAACCAUUUGUUUGUGAUACUUGCCAAGCACAGUUUCGUACCAAGGGCUCAUUGAAAAGACACUUUGAAGCCAAGCAUUCCGAUAAAAGGGAAAGAAAAUUCACUUGUGAAACAUGUGGCAGCAGUUUCUACCGAAAAAAUGACAUAAUAAUACACAUAAGGUUGCACACAAAUGAGAAACCGUAUGUCUGUCCAUACUGUUCCAAGUCAUUUAGCCAGAUAGCAUCACUGACUCGCCAUAAACGUGUCCACACAGGGGAGAAACCGUUCAGCUGCCCGAUCUGUGGGAAAAGGUUUAAUGACAGAAACUUGGUGAAAAAACAUCAGUCUGUCCACAGUGAUGAGAGAAAAUUCACCUGUCACCUCUGCAACAAAUCUGUCAAGAGUCGUACUACACUGAACACACAUAUGAGUGUCCAUUCUAAUGAAAAGUGCAAUAUUUGUAGUUUCUGUGGUAUGGCAUUCACAAUGAAAGGGAACUUAACCAGUCAUAUACGCAGGGCUCAUUCAGAAAAGUCAGGACACUGUUCCAUUUGUUUCAAGUCAUAUUCUGAUAUAGAGGCACACAUGCGUAAACAUACUGGUGAAAAACCAUUUCUAUGCAAACUGUGUGAAAAAAGUUUUGCUGCACAAAGGAGUCUGUCACAUCACAUGGUGUUUAAGCAUAAAAAUGCUACAAAGUUUAAAUGCGCUAUACCAGAUUGUACUAAAGCCUUCCCAACUGCUAAGAUGUUGGAAUACCAUUUAUUUAAACAUCAUAACAAAAAUGAUACGCCCUACAUAUGCCAACACUGUUCCCGUGGAUUCUACAGGCCCAGUGAUUUGACAAGACAUCAAAAAGUUUGUCAUUUAGAUGCACAUCCCAAGAUAAUUUUAUAAUUUAAGCAUAUGGUUAAGUGUCGAUUCUGCCAUGAUUCUCUAAACUUAAAUUUGACAACAGUGUAUCCUUGUCAUUCCCUUUACAGAAUGAAAAGUUAGACUGAUCUUAAAUUUAGUUUUAAGUUUAGAGUCAACCAUGAAAACUCACUUCUUAACGAAAUGAAUGUAAAAAUAAAUUAAUGAAUCCAUACAUUUAUUGAAGUGAAACUUCUUUAUCGGCGUUGGAAAAAAAAUUACCGUCACAUUUUUAUUCGGUUACGCGUCACGUUUUUUGGUUACGCGCCAUCUUUUUUUUAAAAGAGCACUAUUUACCUCAUCCGAACAAUUGCUUCUUCUGUCAACUUUAAAAAAAAAAGUAUCGACAGCAAAUAUUCGUGUUUCACACAAGGUAAGGUAAGGUAAGGUAAGGUGUAGUUAUACCCCUUUAGUGGGUGAGUUUUUGAAAAAUCUUAGCGCACGCCUAUAUAUAUAUUUCUGGAAAGUUGCAUGUAGAUCAUUUUUCGAAAAAAAUAAGGCCAUAAAGAAGUUUCACUUCUUACGUGUGUACACUAGUACACGCACACAUUUUUUUAUAUUAUGUACAAUACUACACAUUAUGUCUAUCAUAUCAUGCCGUCGGCUCGUAUGUGCAUACUAAGGGCAUACAAGCCACAUAGCAUACUAAUAUACAGGUGGUCCAAUUAGUGACGUCAACAAAUUUUUUUUAGAUUCCUUGCACCUGGGGGAUCCGAAAAAAUAUAACUCGAAACUAAGAAAAAUUCGCGAUUUUUCUUAGUUUUCGAGCGGAACAUACAUGGGGUAUUUUCGAGGCGCGAGGAAUCUAAAAAAAUGUAAUAUGCUAAAUUGGACCAGCCUGUAUAAAAAAAUAUUAAAAAACUGUAAUUAUUAAUAUAAUUAGUCUCUUGCUGUUCAUAAGAAUAAUAAUUACUUGGAAUUAUUAGUUUAAAAGUAUUUGUCAACAACAAAGAUCAUUUUCAACACAUUUGCUCAAAAAAAGCAUUUACGGAGGUUGUUUAUCGUUCGAAAGUUCAAAAUUACGUGCGGCAGUGUGCGGUAAAACGUUUUACCUACUCACAUACAUAGCAACGUGCGUAUCCUUUACGUUUUUUUUUAAUUUCGGUGGAACCGGCUUCGGAAAGAUUUUAAUCUUUGCCUUUGUUUCACAUUUUUACUAAAAAGAAAUAUGUGGCGCCAUUUGAAAAUGCGCGCGAGUUUUUGGCGGGAUUUCAUCGAGUGCGGUUGGCGUCUUAUUUUAAUUAUUCAUUUGUUCAUAGUGGAUAUUGUGAAAUAAAAUUGGUGUGAUGUUGUGUUACAACCGUCUGCGCAACUGAAAAAUUAGUAGAAUCUUUAAAAUAUACGCUAUUCCGGUCAAGUGGACGUGAGAACUUUAUUGUAGUAUUGACUACCUCACACAAGCUUAUCGAAAAAGCCAACUCGAUAUAUUUCGUGGCAAACACUCCAAGAAACAUUAGAAUGCGUUACACCCACAUUCUAAUACAAAAAUAAGACGAUGGCUGCUUUGUCUUUGCCUUUCUCAAUAGAGAAGAAUAGAACUAGAAAAAAAAAAUGAAAAUGCGUGCCAUUUUCUUAUUACAUUAGGUAUAGGUGCUGUUUUCUUGCAAAUGAGUUGAAAACGUAUGACAUUCGUGCGAAAUUGGUAUUUACAAACUCGUGACUAUGGUAAGCCCUGGACUUCGUCUACUUGUUUGUAAAA